AUGGAGAGGAUGAGCUGGCUGAGCAAGCUGAACCCCCGGGCGGGGGCCGGGGGGCACCGGGGAACCCGUGGCGCCAGCCUGCAAAGCCCCAUGGCGGCCGACCCUGAAACCUGCCUCAUGGUCUUCAAGAAUCACUGGGUCCAGGUGAGUGGCUGGGGGGGGGGGAGGGACAGGAGGGGGUGGGGGAGAGGGGAUGUUCCCCCCAAGAGAAGCUUCGGCGUGGUGGGGCGUGCAUGGACAGCUGUGGAACUCACUGCCACUGGAGACUGAUGGCCGCUUUAAGGGGAUCAGAGGAAUUCAUGGAGGAGGAGGAGAGGGCUAUCAAGGCCUAGUAGCCACAGGGGAUCUGCUCUGCCCCCCCAAAACAGGGGCAGCAACGUUCUGUAUCCUGGUUGUUGGGAACCACAGGAAGAGAAAUGUUUUUGUGUGUGAGUGUGUGUGUUUUCUCUCUCAAUAUAAUAUCAAAAAUUAUACAAAUAUUAUUCAAAAAUUAUAUAAAUCACCGUAUUUUUCGCUUCAUAAGACGCACCUUUUUCUUCCUAAAAAGUAAGGGGAAAUGUCUGUGCGUCUUAUGGGGCAAGGUGUGGUCCCUGGAGCCGAAUUGCCCAGGGGGAAAAAGCAGAUCAUGCUUUUUUUUUGAAAGAGGGAAGUGGGUGUUGAAACAAAGCCCGAUCCUUUGCCGAUCAGGGAGAGAGAUAAGGCAGGCUAGAGAUAAAGGAGGCUGCCUGGGAGGGGGAAGAAGAGUAAGAAGAGUUUGGAUUUGAUAUCCCGCUUUAUCACUAUCCUAAGGAGUCUGAAAGCGGCUAACAUUCUCCUUUCCCUUCCUCCCCCAAACAAACACUCUGUGAGGUGAGUGGGGCUGAGAGACUUCAGAGAAGUGUGACUGGCCCAAGGUCACCCAGCAGCUGCAUGUGGAGGAGCGGAGACGCGAACCCGAUUCCCCAGAUUACGAGUCCACCACUCUUAACCACUACACCACACUGGGAGGGGGGAGGUAAAAGCCCAUGGAUCCUCAGGAUUUUUACAUUGGGUCACCCCAGAUUCACCAUCAGAUCACUGUUUCGUUCAGAAUAUUGUUUUCCUCCUCUAAAAACUAGGUGUGUCUUAUGGAGCAAAAAAAAUACGGUAUACAUUUGUUUACAAGCUUCUGCAGAGCUUUCCCAGCUUUUCCUGUUGUUGACACACUUUUGAGACACACAUCAUUUUGCGACACAGUAAUUCAGUUUUACAGGUAAACCGGAGGUUAAACUAACCUCUUUCCAGCUUUGGAAGGAGGGCAGAGUAUGUGUGACGCUCCUGCACAUUGCAGCCGACACACAAAUGUCUUAAGACACACAGUUUGGAAAGCUCUGCCCUGUGAUGUACAGUGGUACCUUGCUUUUUGAACAUUGACGAACAUUUUGGUUAUCAAAUGCCAUAAACCCAGAGGUAAAUGCUUCGGUUUUCGAACAUGCCGUGUGGCUUCCACUGAGUACAAGUUCCUGGGGCCUGUUGGCUAUUGAGUUUUAGGUUUUCGGACGUUUCAGAAAUCAAAGGGUCUUCUGGAAUGGAUUAUGUUAGAGAACCAAGGUACCACUGUAUUUUAGAAAAGGCUCCCCAAUGUCUCCCUGUUUGUGCCCCUGUGUAUGGACAGGAGGGGGAGAGUUUGGUGGUGCAAAUAUCCAGAGUGUGGGGGUCAGGUGGGAUUGCUAUGAGGAGUUAUGAAAAACGAAGCAAGCCAUUGUGUCCGCGAUGGAAGCAUCACGUUGACUGGGUUUAAUUCAUUGACAGUGGUUUCUGAUCGAAUCCCACAAGCCUCUCCACCUCUGCCAUUUGCGUUCUCUACACCUGACAGGCACGUAUAAGCAUUCUGAAACACAGGCCAGUUGCUUCGUCAGGCAUCUUGGGUCAUAAAGGUAGAAGGUAGCUUAGAUGUUGUUUAAUCUUUAGACAGAUCUUAAGGGCCACGAAGAGAGUUCACAAGGAGAUGGUGAAUCCUGCCAUCCUGCCUCUCCUGUUUAUGACCUCCGUGGUUUUGCUGAAAGCAUUCCUCCUUUUAUUUCUGUUUUAUUGACUCUGAACUACAGAUGCAUGCUCAAGUAGGAAAUAGUUUCUUUGUGGUUAAAAGAAUUUCUUCUGAUCUGACUUUGUCCCACGUAGGGUUUUGAAAUGCUCAGAGGGAGUCUGAUUGGUUCUUACGAAUACUGUGUAAAAAGUUCUUUUGUGAAUAAAACGACCUGGGCCGAGGGGGGGGGAAAGAUUAUUAUUAUUGACACUCCUCCCAGAGUCUCACUGGUCAAGCCUCGUGUGUAUUCUAUUAAUCAGAGUCCAAUCCUUCCUUGCUUUGGGAACGCUACAGGAGAGUAUGGGGCAUCCGUGAGAGCAGAGGCAGUCUACCUUGGUUUCCGUCUGACUCUUUCUCUCCCUGCUUCGCAGGUGCUGCGCAUCCUGGAGAAGAGCCCAGCCUCGCGGGGGGCGCAGGGGGGCGCGGCGGACGACCUGAGCGCCGUGCGCAACCACACGCUGCAGAUGCUGACGCUGCUGGCGGAGGAGCGCCCCCGGGCGGAGGGCUCCCCGGGCCCCAUCCUGGAGCUGGCGCUGGCCGAGAACGUCCUGGGCCGCCUGCUGGCCUGGCACCUGCGGCGGGGGGAGCUCCCCGAGGAGCGCAAGGCCGAGCUGCUCAAGCUCUACGAGAUGCUCCUGGGCCAGGCGCACCAGCCCCUCCUGCGCCACCGGCCCGUCCUGGGGCCCCUCCUGCGCCUGCUGGGCCUGUGCGCCGGCCCGGCCUCGCCCGCCCUGGAGGGCAGCCUGGUGCUCCUGCUGCACCAGCUCUGCGUCUCGGCGGCCCGGGAGCCCCCCCUGCUGGAGCUCUUCUUCCACAGCCCCCCCGCGGCGGGCGAGCCGGGUCCCGCCAACCUGCUGGUCUUCUCCCUGCUGGUGCCCUUCAUCCACCGUGAGGGGCUGGUGGGGCAGCAGGCCAGAGACGCCCUCCUCCUCCUCAUGGCCCUGUCCGCCGGGAGCCACACCGUCGCCCGCUACAUCACCGACAACUCCUUCUUCUGCCCGGUAAGGAAGGGGGCAGCGGGGGGGGGGAGGCGGGGUCAGAAGCCUUGCCCCGAAUCAGCUGUGGCUCCUGCGUUGCAGGGGGUGGACUAGAUGACGCCUGGGGUCCCCUCCAACUCUGUGAUUCUGUGAGUGCCUGGGGCAGCAGGAGCGUGGAAGGCGCUCUGGGCACCGCUGAGCACGGGUGCCCUGGCCUGAGAGGUUAUUCCAGGGUGCCCCCAUGAGGACUAGGCACAUGGAGCGACAAUACGCAAGCGGCAAAAUAUUUGGUCCUGCCUCAGACACAAUCCUGUGUAGGUUGUAGACGUAAUAAUAAUAAUAACAAGAAUAAUACUUAUACCCUGCCCAUCUGGCUGGGCCUCCCCAGCCACUCUGGGCGGCUUCCAGUAGACUAUUAAAACACAAUAAAAGAUCAAACAUUAAAAGCUUCCCUAAACAGGGCUGCCUUCACAUGUCUUCUAAAAGUCAGUAUAUUUCCUUAACAUCUGAUGGGAGGGCACCACCACUGAGAAGGCCCUGUGCCUGGUUCCCUGUUACCUCACUUCUCGCAGCGAGGGAACCGCCAGAAGGCCCUUGGAGCUGGACCUCAGUGUUCGGGCGGAACGAUGGGGGUGGGGACGUUCCAUGGACAGCUGUGAGUCCAAAAUGACACCCAGGGUGCACACCUGGUCCUUCAGGGGCACAGUUACCCCAUUCAGGACCAAGCAGUCCCCCACACCCGCCCGCCCGCCCCCUGUCCCCCAAAACAGGACUUCUGUCUUGUCAGGGUUCAGCCUCAAUCUGCAGAGUCUCCAACCCCCAGGCCACUUCAAAGGAUCCUAGGAACAUAGAGCUGGAAGGGGAACCCCAACGAUCAUCUAGUCCACCCCUUGCAAGGCAGGAAUCUCAACUGGGUCAUCUGUGUCAGACGACCGACCAACCUCUUCUUAAAAACCUCCAGGGAAGGAGAGUCCCACCCCCACCCUCCGUUCUUUAUAAUAAUAAUAAUUUUUAUUAUUUAUUUAUACUUUGCCUAUCUGGCCUGGCCUCCCCAGCCACUCUGGGCAGCUCCCAAUAGAAUAUUAAUAACCCAAUACAGCAUUAAACAUUAAAAACUUCCCUCAACAGGGCUGCCUUCAUGGGUGUCCCAUGCUCUUUGCAUAGCCCCUCAUCGGGGGCGGGGCGGGGCGGGGGGUCGCCAGGAGUUUUGUGCCUGAUAAAUCUCAAGCGCCCCUUUUCCCCCAAUGCCCUCUCUCUCCUCGCCCCUCCCAGGUGCUGGCGACUGGCCUGAGCGCCCUGUACUCCUCGCUGCCCCGCAAGCUGGAGGUCCGGGGGGACGACUGGCACUUUCUGCGGCGGGAGGACUGGGUGGGCGUUCCCUCGCUGGUCCUCUUCAUGAACUCGCUGGAGUUCUGCAAUGCCGUCAUCCAGGUGAGUCCGCCUUCGGGGGGGGGGCAGGGGCUGGCUGGCCUCCUCACACCCGCAACCACAGCUCUGGCAACGGCUGGGCCCUUUCUGGGACAGAAAGCCACACACAGAGGGAUUUAGUUGCAGACCCUGCACGGCAGGGGGUUGGGCUGGAUAACCUUUGGUGGUCCCUGCCAACUCUGCAGUGCUACGAUCCGUUGACCAGCGCGCAGACCCAGGCUGCCGGGUUGUAUGGAGUUGCACUGCAGGUUUCACCGGGUGCAGAGACCAGGAAAAUCCAAGGUUGGGUGGGUUUUGGGGUCUCUUGGCAGCGCUUGUGGAGGCUGCACAGAGUUAAACGGUGGAACUCCCUGCUGCAGGACACAUGGAUGGCUUUAAAAGAGAAUUGCAAGGAAAAUGCAGCCUGUGCUACUGAUAGAAGUAGUGCGACUCAUGCCACACGUUGGCGAUUAAUAUGCACAGAACAAUAAUUAGACAUACCGUAUUUUUCGUUCUAUAGGACGCACCAGUCCAUAGGAUGCACCUCGUUUUUUUGGGGGGGGAAUGAAUAAAAAAAAUUAUUCCCCCCCCCCCCGCGGCUGCCGCCCCAAGCCUCGCGUGCUUCGGGCUGCAGGCUGCCGCCCGAAGCCUCGCACGCUCGGCGGGACCUCCCACCGGGCGCGCGAGGCUUGCAGACACUCGCCCGAAGCACGGGAGCCCUCCGGAGGGCUCCCGUGCUUCGGGCGACAAGCUGCAGCCCCAAGCCUUGCGCGCUGGGCGGGAUCUCCUGCCGGGCGCGCAAGGCUUGCAGACACUCGCCCGAAGCAAGGGAGCCCUCCGGAGGGCUCCCGUGCUUCGGGCGACAAGCUGCAGCCCCAAGCCUUGCGCGCUUGGCGGGACCUCCUGCCGGGCGCGCAAGGCUUGCAGACACUCGUCCGAAGCACGGGGAGCCCUCCGGAGGGCUUCCUGUGCUUCGGGCGACAAGCUGCCGCCCCAAGCCUCGCGCGCUCGGCGGGACCUCCUGCCGGGUGCGCAAGGCUUGCGGACACUCGCCGGGGCUGCAGGCUGCUGCCUGCAAGCCUUGUGAGACCGCGGGAACUCCCACCGGGCUUGCAAGGCUUGCGGAUAGCUUCCUGAAGCCUGGAGAGCGAGAGGGGUCGGUGCGCACCGAUGCCUCUCGCUCUCCAGGCUUCAGCGAAAGCCUGCAUUCGCUCCAUAGGACGCACACACAUUUCCCCUUCAUUUUUGGAGGGGAAAAAGUGCGUCCUAUGGAGCGAAAAAUACGGUACUUUAUCAACCUUCUGAGAAAAAUACAAAACAUUAAACAAAGCCACAAAGACUUGCAAACUCCCCAGCUUAAAAUGAACUUAAAUGUCUGGUUUCAAUAGAUUUUCCAAAUGCUGAACUCAGUCUUUUAGAUAAGUUCAUAAAGAUACCAACAAAUAUUCACAAUACCGAGAGAUGCUAGUGAAGUUGUGGAUAGAUGUUAAUGAAGUUCGCCCCCAAUGGGGCCCUUUAACUGGGGCUUGCAGGUGGGACACUCCCAAGAUGGUUUUCUUCAGUGGUCUAAUCUCAAAGUCUUGAUACGUGUAUUGAUAUUCAAUCUUACAGAGAAUACUCUUUCUUGGCUUAAGCUUAGGAAACUGAUUUGCUGAAUCUAUUGAAACCAGACAUUAUAAGUUCAUUUCAGGCUGGGUAGUUCGCAAGUUUUUGUGGCUUUGUUUAAUGUUUUGUAUUUUUCUUAAAAGAGAGUUGGGCAGAUCCCUGAAGGAGGAGAGGGCUGCCCACGGAUACUUGUUGCCAGUCAGAGGUGGCAAUUUAGCAACGACGACCCUGCCAGGUAGGAUAGGCUGAGAGAAGGCAGGCCCAGAGUCGCCUUCAGUCAAAGCUUGGUUUGAACCCUGGUGUGUGAGGUCCACGUCUGACACUCGCACCCAGCGCUUUCCAACCUUUUUGUGUUGGUGACACACUUUAUUUUUGCAUUCCGGUUGCUGGAAGCCAGCAGAGGGGAGGGGAGCUCUCGCACUCGGGUCCCGCUUGCGAGUUUCCCUGUGGAGUGUCUGAUAUCCCCUGUGAGAGCAGGACGCUGGCUUGGCUGGGCCCCUGGCCGGAUCCUGGGGGCGCUUCUCACCUUCUCCUCUCCUCCCCCCCAGGUGGCUCACCCGCUGGUCCAGAAGCAGCUGGUGGAUUACAUCCACAACGGGUUCCUGGUGCCGGUCCUGGGCCCCGCCUUGCACAAGGUCAGUUCCCGCCUGGGGUGGGGUGGGGGGUUGUGUGGGCUGGCCAGGGAGGACCCCCCUCUGCCUUUCCCUGUAAGACAGAGUUGUUCCGCCUGGCCUUUGGCUUAGAAUCAGUUUGAUUCCCUCCCCCUCUUUCUUUUUCCUUUCUCCUCCCAUGAAGAGGCUGCAUCCUAAUGUUUUAAUGUUGUAUCUUAAUCUUUUAAAUUGUAUUUUAAUCAACUUGUUUUUAUUAUUGGUUGUUAGCCACCCUGAGCCCAGUCUAGGGGUGGGGUAUAAAUAAAAAAAUUAUUAUUAUUAUUAUUAUUAUUAUUAUUAUUAUUAUUACCCUCUGCUCCCCCCCCCAAGCUUCCCGGAGCUGCCUUUGGGGCAGGUGAAUAGCAAGCCUCUUCCCGCCAGAUCAGUCCUGCCGCUGGAGCACGCCUGGCUCGGAACUGGCUUUGCUUCUCACCGCCAAGCCAGUGGGGAGCGAGGGCAAGGAUUGGCCGAGAUGAUGCGUGGGACUGAAGCAGGGGGGAGGCAUGAGCCCCACCAGGACUGGUCCGGCUUCUGCCCCCCUGCCGUUCCUGGGGGUUGGGCUAGAUGCCCCGCAGGGUACCACCUGGCUGGGCUCUUCUGGGGUGUGACAGCCCCUCUGAUCCCCCCUCCCUGCCCCACCCCCAGACCUCCAUUGAAGAGAUGAUUGCCAGCACAGCCUACCUGGACUUGUUCCUGCGCAGCAUCAGCGAGGCUGCGCUCCUGAAGACCUUCCUGCGCUUCCUCCUCCUCCAUCGCCACGACAACAGCACCAUCCUCGACACGCUGGUCUCCCGCAUCGCCAGCAACUCCCGGGUGUGUCUUCGGGGGGGGGGCACGCAUGGGGAAGACCCCGAGGGGACGGGGGCAGCGAGGUUGGAGUCAGCCGUGUGCCAGAAGCCCCCUGGCAGUCCAGUGUCCCACUUUGCAGGGCUGUUGUGGCUCCCAAAGGCCGCUCUUUGCUUCUUGGGCUUUGAGGUCCUGCCCUGUCCCACACAAAGGGGUCCUGGGAUCGGGGUGGGCAGGCGUGGGCUCAUCCCUAUCCCAGGGGGCGGGGUGGGCAGGAAGACACCCUCCCUCCCACAAAAGGAGAAUUUGAUUCUUCUCCCCGUUGCCCAGGGGGUGGCUUGGGGGGUGUUGCUGGUGGGGGAUGGAGUGGGGGGAGCCUUCUGCCCCACUGCCCCCUUCAUUCCUCUCUUUCUCCCCCCCCCCCCAGCUCUGCAUGGUCUCGCUCAGCCUCUUCCGGACUCUGCUCAACCUGCACUGUGAAGACGUCUUGCUGCAGCUGGUGCUCAGGUAGCCCCCCCCCCGACCCCUUGGCUGUCUGGCUCAUGUGAUCGUCGGAAGGGACCCCCGAGGGCCAUCUAGUCCAGCCCCCUGCGAGGCAGGAACAUGCUGCUGUCGGGGAUCGAACCCGCAACCUUGGCAUCUUCCCGCUCUUGCCAACAGAGCCCUGGGCUCCCUCUGCUGGGCGGAGAUGGGCAGUGCAGCCUCUUCCUGCUCCCAGAGACUUCCCUGGUGCGGGGGCUCCCCCUAGUGGCGCCAUUGGCCCUCUUCACCCAUUAGCCUCCUCUUCCCGGUAACCGAAGGUUACCAGAUUUUUUCCAAAGAAUCCAGGGACACUUUUUUUUUUUGAAAAGAGAAAAAAGUUAUUUUAAAAAAGAGAGCUCCCCUCUUUUCUCUCCUUCCUCUUUCUUUCUCUUCCUCCUCCUCCUCCCUGCCUUGGCUCCGGGGUUUUCAUGGCCCUGGAGUGCCGCUGGGCAGUCUGCCUGGUGGCCAGGUGCUCUCGCUCCAGGCUCGAUUUGGGUCACAGGGUGGUGGUGGUGGUCAGCGGUUCCCCCAGUUGACACGCCGGGCGUCCCUGGUUCCCCCUCGGCGCCCGCCAUUUUGCCUCGCCGGAUGUCCCCAUGUGAUGUGUCUUGUGCCGUUGAACCAAUCUGAACCACGGCAGGCAGCAUUCAUUCCCUACUAAUAAAUUUGCAACGCUUAACAUAUAAAUCGGGGGACAUUAAAUGAAAUCCGGAGACAUGUGUGAAUCCAGGGACUGUCCCCGGGAAACAGGGAUGUUUGGUAACCAUAGGGUGACCUCCCCGCCCUUUUCGGGGGUUGGCAUAGAUGACCCCGGGGUUCCUUCCAACGCUACGAUUCUGUGGCUGCCGUGGUUCUCCGACUGCGCUUCCUGCCCCGCCAGGGUGGGCUGGAUGGCCUUUGGGUUCCCCUCCGCAGCUCUGCUUUUUCGCGGCAGGUACCUGAUCCCCUGCAGCCACGUCAUGCUGAGCCAGAGGCGGGCGGUGAAGGAGCUGGACCUCUACGGCAAGGCGGCCAGCAAGUUCCUCUCGCUCGUCCCCCAGUGCUGCCGCCCAGAGAGCCCCCCGCCCCCCGAGCGAGAGGAGGAGCACGCCACCUGGUCCAAGGGUGAGCCUCUCGUGGCCGGGCGGGAGGGGCAGGGGGCUGAAGGGGCACGUGGAAUGGGCAAGGGAGGCCUUGGCACCGACGACAUUUGUGGGGCUCCUCUCUGCCUCCUCCCAGUUUGCAGGAUGGGGGGGCAGGAGUGAGAUCCUCGCUGGGGGUCUGGGGCAGUGGAGCCUGGAGGGCUUUUGCGGUGGGUGCUGGACCCACGCCUCUUUGGGUGGGGGGAGAGAGCAGCAUUUUCACGCUGGGGGGUUGCAAAACCUCCUCUACUCCCUGUUUGUGUUGAGCAGGAGUUAACUGAACCGCAUAACUGCAGAUUAUGACGGGAUCCCCAAACCUCAUCUAGUCCACCCCCACAGGGGGUGGGUCUCCCUUGCCGGCCAGGCAAAGGGGGCAGAAAAAUGACGGGUCUUCCAGUAGCCCCGGUGGGGGGCGCCAGGAAUAAUCUCAGGCUUGUGGGUCCCACAUUGGGGAAAAGAUUCCUGCUUUGCAGGGGUUUGGACUAGAUGACCUUCGGGGUCCCUUCCAACUCCACGAUUCGGUGACCCCCCUCCUCUCUCUCCCCCCCAGGUCACGGCAGCCCCAGCGUGGACUCCUCCUCAGUGGUGACGGUGCCCAAGCCCUCCACGCCCUCGCGCCUCUCCUUCUUCAUGCGCCAGCCCAGCUUUGGCCCCGAUCCCGCCGGCCCCGCCUCCCCCCGCUCCCCGGGGACCCCCGUCGGCAGCCCCUCCCACCGGACCCCCCCUCGCUGGGAGGAGGCCUGCGAGUUGGAGGGCAACUACCUGGAAUACCUGCGCGACGCCCGCCUGAACGUCGACCGCUGCGUCUGGGCCUGCCACGUCUGGUCGGCCCCCUACGACGGGGAGCGGCCCCCUCCCUCCAGCCUGGACCCCUCCCUGCCCCGCCAAGGCGACCCCCUCACCUACACCUCCUUCCAGCCCGGCGGGCACCCGGGGCCUGCCUCCCCCCGGACUAAGAAGCGGGGCGCUCCGCCUGAGGAGGGGACUGCCCCCAAGGGAACCCCGGACGCUGGCACCUCGCCCCCCGCCGCCUCCCCCGGCAGCGAGGACCUGGGGCCCCUGCUGAACGGGGCACACUCGGAGCCCGCGCUCAUCAAGAAGGUCCGCCGGUGCCCGCAGGAGGGGGCAGUGGUGGAGAACGGGGGCCUCCCCGAGACCCCCGGCCCGGACGAGUCGCUGGUGCCGGCCGAGAACGGGGGCGCCCACCCCGUGGAGAGGUUUGCGGCGGAGCUGCGGCGCCUGGAGGACGAGAUGGCGAACGGGGGCCGGGAGGAGGAGGAGGAGCCCCCCCAGGCGGACCCCCUCAGCCCCGAGGAAGAGGAGGCCUAUCGCAGCUUCGCCGCUCCCCCCGAGGGCAGCCUGGGGCCCACCCGCCUGGCUGACCCCCUGGCGCAGAUUGUCGGCAGCCCCCCGCCCACCCCGGGGGCCCUCCCCAGCCAGCCGUUCACAGGUGAGUCGUUGGGGGCACCCCCACCCUCUUCCUUGGAGGUCUCUCUGGCCCCUGCUGCUCCUGGAGGUCCCCCACUCUCCCGGGGUUCCCCUUGCCCCCCAAGGCUAAGUCUGCUGUGCAAGGUGGGCGUUUAGCCUGAGUGGGGCUUCCCCAGAGGAACUUCUGGAGGGGAUCAGAGGGGUCAGACCUGGGCAGCAGAUGGUUGGGGCCCAGUGGGUGGGGGGGGUCCUAGUUCCCUUCAGAAGGAGUCAGGGCACAUGGGCACUUUGCCCGCUGCCCACUUCCCAAAGGCAAGUGACUCCUUUCUCUUUCUCUGCUUCCCGUUUCGUCCGUCUCCUUCUCCUCUGCUCCCCCUUUCUUUGUCCUUUUUCCUCCUAUUGUUUCUUCCUUUUCCUGUCUACUUUUCCUUUUCCCUCUCCUUCCUUCCUUCCUUCCUUCCUUCAUUUCUUCCUUCCAUCCAUCCAUCCAUCCAUCGUUCCUCUCCUUCUUUCUUCUCUUUCCUUCCAUCUUUCUUUUCCUUCCUUCCUUCCUCUCCUUCCUUUCCUUUCCUUUCCUUUCCUUUCCUUUCCUUUCCUUUCCUUCCAUCUUUCCUUUCCUUCCUUCCUUCAGACCCCCCCCACCGAGUCUGUGUGCGUUGUUGUUGUUGCUGCUGCUCCUUUCCUGCUCCUGCCUUUUCUCCACCUGCCCCCCCUCGCCCCCCAGCAUCUCUCCAGUGCAGGCAGGGCUGGUCUGGGUCCGAUGGGGCUCCCACCCCCAGGAGCCAGAGCCUGCCAAGGGGCAGCCCCAAAGGGCAGCGUUCGUCUCACCCGGGGGCCUCUUCCCCCUUGAAGUGGCCCCGUCCGGGAGGGGGAGCCUUUCCCUUGCAGAACAACACGGCUGAUGUUUCCCCAUCCCGUCUCCGCCCAUUGGGACAUCCAGCCCCCCCAUGUUCCUUGAGGCUCUUGGGCAGAGAGAGAGCUCUGGCCCUUUUCUUGAAGCUGCAGGUGCUUUUUUGCAUGCCAAUGGGGGGGGCUAGAUGAUCCUUGGGGGUGGGGGCUUCUAAAUUUCUGCAGUCCCCUGUCGGGUCUUUGGCCCUGUUUGCACCAAAUGGCUCAGUCGGCUCACAGAAUCACAGAACCUUCUUUAAAACCUGCAAGGAAGGAGAAAAUGUUUUAAAGUACUUCCCUGCCCCCAAAAUCCCAGUCUUUUCUGUUGGGGAUAAUUCAGACCAAAAUUCCCAGGUGCCAAAAAAGGUUAUUUAUGUAUGCCAAUACUGUGGCACGUGUUUCGUUAGCCCCCAAAACGGAAAACGAGCGAGGUCCCAACCGAAGAACGGCAACUUAAGCUGAUGGAAUAUGUGCAGCUUGCAGACUUAACAUAUAGAGUAAGAGAACAAGAAGAAAACACGUUUAGAGAAGAGUGGAAAACAUUUAUUGAAUAUAUGGGGGGGAAUUGUGUACAGCUGAAAAUAUGGGCAGCAUUAAGAUCAAUUCAACAGUUUUGAUGGAUGUGAUAAGGGAAUAUUGCCCGAUUUACGUAUAAGCUAAACAAGCUAUAGCUUAGGGCCCCACUCUCUUAUGGGCCCCCCAAAAAAUUUUGAGGGGAAAAAAACUGGAUGUACAUUUCCAAGCUAUAAGAUAAUCUACUUAAUUGUAUUUCAGUUCAACAAUGACUUUGAUACAAUACGUCUUUUGUGAUGUGCAAAUGGCUUGAGAUACCUCUUAGCUCCAUCAGUUACCAUCUCGCAUAUAUUCAACACUAAAAACAGCGGUGAUUUGUUGUUGACAAAGGACAGCUGGACACAUAAAGGGCCCCAUUCCCUUCAGGAGCCAAGGGCCGCAUUAAACCAAAAUCCGGCGCUGGCUGAAUGGUAUAGCUUUUGUAAAAUAUGCAGGGAUUUGUGAUAUGCAAGAUGAACCACGGAGAGAGGAGAAGGGAAGUCAUUGGUAUUUUAAGGCUGUUUAAAUUGCAAAACAGAAAAUUUAACAGAAAUUAUUUUCGAGAAAAAGGAAACGGGGUUCCCUUGGAGGUAGCUCUGUGGGGGGGGGACCUCCCCUUGGCUGACCCCCUGCUGUCCUCCCUGGCAGGGCCCUUUGUGGCGGUGCUGCUGGCCAAGCUGGAGAACAUGCUGCAAAACUCCCUCUACGUCAACUUCCUCCUGACGGGGCUCAUCGCCCAGUUGGCCGCCCACCCUCAGCCGCUCCUGCGCUCCUUCCUCCUCAACACCAACAUGGUCUUCCAGCCCAGCGUCAAGUCCCUCAUCCAGGUAGAUCCUCAUGGCAGCCCGGGGGGGGGAAGACCCUCUUGGGCGGCAGACCCCUUGCCCGGCAGCGCCCCUCACCCUCCCUCUCUCUUCCCCCCGGCAGGUCCUGGGCUCGGUCAAGAACAAGAUUGAGAGCUUUGCCGCCUCCCAGGAAGACUUUCCCUCCCUCCUCUCCAAAGCCAAGAAGUACCUGGUGGCCAGAGGGAAGCUGGACUGGUCAGACGCCCAGAACGCCGCACCCGCCCUGCGCCGCUCAGAGACUCUGGGUGAGGAGGAGGGGGCAGUCUGGGUGCCGUGGGGGCUCGGGGGAUGGCUAAGGGUCAGAGAGAGGACCCCAUGCCCCAGGGGCCCCCUGGGCGCAGAUGACUCCUUAACAAGAGUCCGUGGAAGCCUGCUAUUGAAUAAUAAGAAUACAUUGGUACCUCUGGUUAAAAGCGGGUGGCGCUGUGGGUUAAACCACAGAGCCUAGGGCUUGCUGAUCAGAAGGUCGGCGGUUUGCAUCCCUGCGACGGGGUGGGCUCCUGUUGUUUGGUCCCUGCUCCUGCCCACCUAGCAGUUCAAAAGCAAGUGCAAGUAGAUAAAUAGGUACCGCUCCGGCAGGAAGGUAAACGGCAUUUCCGUGCGCUGCUCUGGUUCACCAGAAGCGGCUUAGUCAUGCUGGCCACAUGACCCGGAAGCUGUCGGCGGAUAAACGCCGGCUCUGUUGGCGAGAUGAGCGCCGCAACCCCAGAGUCGGUCACGACUGGACCUAAUGGUCAGGGGUCCCUUUACCUUUUACCUCUGGUUGUGAACAGGAUCUGUUUCGGAGGUCCGUUCGCAACCUGAAAAGAACACAACCCAUGUCUGCGUGUGCACAGGUUGCAAUUCGCUGCUUCUGCACAUGCGCGUGACGUCAUUUUGCGCAUCUGCGCAUGCGUGAGCGGUGAAACCCGGAAGUAACCCUUUCCGAUACUUCCGGGUCACCACAGGACAUAACCUGAAAGAAUGUAACAUGAAGCGGCCGUAACAUGAGGUAUGACUGUAGUAAUAAUAAUAAUAAUAAUAACAAUAAUAAUCAUCAUCAUCAUAAUCAUACAGUGCUACCUUGGUUCUCAAACGUAAUCCGUUCCGGAAGUCCGUUCCAAAACCAAAGCGUUCCAAAACCAAGGCGUGCUUUCCCAUAGAAAGAUAUGCAAAACGGAUUAAUCAGUUCCAGACUUUUAAGAACCCCUAAAACAGCAAUUCAACAUGAAUUUUACUAUCCAACGAGACCAUUGGUCCAUAAAAUGAAAGCAAUAAUCAAGGUACCGUACUAUCAAAUAAAUAAGACGGUAUUGUAGUUGAUUAAAAUUAUUUUUUUUCCUUAUCUGCACUGAUGGUAGUCAUUGUUUGGAUGGGGGGCUUUGAUCCAUUUCCGCAGUCACACAAUCAAUCAAUCAAUCAGUAGCUGAACUUCGGCUCCACGCAGUCAGGAAAAGAAAUGAAGCGAAAAAGCCUCAGAAACAAAAACACAAAAUAAAGAGCAAAAACAAAAGGGCCAAACUUGAUCCGUUCCGGAAGUCCGUUUGACUUCCGAAAUGUUUAGAAACCAAGGCGCAGCUUCUGAUUGGUGCAGGCGCCCCGGAAACAAUAGCCGACAGCCGCGUCGGACGUUCGGCUUCCGAAAAACGUUCGAAAACUGGAACACACACUUCCGGGUUUUCAGCGUUUUGAGAACCAAGGUAUCACUGUAAUAAUAAUAAUAAUAAUAAUAAUAAUAAUAAUAAUAAUAUAAGCUGCCCAUCUGACUUGGUUGCCCCAGCCACUCUGGGCAGCUGUUUAUCGUGGUUCAGAGUGGGAAAGGAGACCGCAGGAUCAAGCCCAGGGGGCCCCAUCCGGCCCAGCGUCCUGCUCUCCUCGCACUGGCCAAAUGGCCCCAGCAGCCUAGGACUCCAGGUAGGCUGCCUCUGGGCCUGGAGGCUCCACCAGACCAUCCAAAGAGUCCCUGCUGGAUCAGGUCCAGCUGUGGGGCGAUAGGGCUGAACCCCCACCCCCCCCAGCUGCUGACCUAGGGAGUAUUUCCGGUGUGUGGCUAUAGGGGAGCUGUCUUGCGGGGGCCCUGCAGGGAGGGGUUGGGGGGUCUCCUGGCCUGCCCCCCUCGCUCCCAGCCACAGGCUCAUCUGAGAGCACAAAGCCACUUCUUUGGAGAUGCGGAUUGUGACGCUUAACCAGCUAAGUCCAGAGCCCUGUUCUUCUCGCAGAGGCAAAUACUCCCAUGAACCUGGCAGUGCAGGUAGACUGCUUCUGGGCCUGGAGGUGCCACAAGGAAACCCGAAGAGGCUGCUGGGUCAGGCCAAAGGGGGACCGUCCAGCCCAGCCUCCUGUUCCCACACCAGGUGCCCCAAGCAGGAUUUGAACACGAGAUCCCGGCCCCAAGCACCCAGAUGCAUCUCUGCCUCCGACUGCGGUUCUCUCCCCCUCCGUGAAUUGGCCUGAUCUCCUUUGAGAGCCAGCCAGGCCCACACUGAUUCCUGUGGCAGGCAGUUCCGCAGUUUAACGUUGCCUUUUCUGUAUUUUGUGAGUUUUGCAGCUGCCGUUUCAGGGCUUUUAUUUCUUGAAAUGUGCGAACUGGGAAAUCUGAUUUUCCCCAUGGCGUUUUUUUGGGGGGGCGGAUUUUGCCAGGGGGCUCUCCCCCCCCAAAAAAAACCUCUACUUGGCGCUGACUCCCUCCCCUUUUCUCCCCCCUCCCCCCGCAGUGAAGAGCCGCAAGCCGUCCAUUGGGGAGCUGAUCAUGCGCCACACCAACAGCCCCACGCGGGCGCGGCAGGCGGCCCAGCUGGCUCUGCAGCACAUGCGCGAGGGGCCGGUGAUGCACGCGCUGGCGGGGGGCUCCCUCUUCCGCACCUCGGCCGAGAAGCAGAGCGAGGCGCUGCGGGUCAAGAACGCCGUCUACUGCGCCGUCAUCUUCGCCGAGUUCCUGAAGGAGCUGGCCGCCAUCGCCCAGGCGCACGCCGUCACCUCGCCCUUCCUGCUGGAGCCCCCCGGGGAGAAGGCCGAGGCGGGGGGGCCGGAGUGA